GUGUCCACGAGGGGGAAGCCGACUCUACGCGGCUCCAGACGCGCCUCUCUUCCUCUCCCUCAUCUCGCUGGUUAGCCUGGGAAAAGGGUCCGCCUUCUGGCCCAUAAGGCCCUGGCUCAGAAGUCUCACUUUCUCUUCCUGUUUCCCGUCAUGGCGCAGGAUCAAGGGGAGAAGGAGAACCCCAUGCGGGAACUUCGCAUCCGCAAGCUCUGCCUCAACAUCUGCGUGGGGGAGAGUGGAGACAGGCUGACCCGGGCAGCCAAGGUGCUGGAGCAGCUCACAGGCCAGACUCCUGUGUUCUCCAAAGCUAGAUACACCGUCAGAUCCUUUGGCAUCAGAAGAAAUGAAAAAAUUGCCGUCCAUUGCACAGUCCGUGGGGCCAAGGCAGAAGAAAUCCUGGAGAAAGGUCUGAAGGUGCGAGAGUAUGAGUUAAGAAAAAAUAACUUCUCGGACACUGGCAACUUUGGCUUUGGGAUCCAAGAACACAUCGAUCUGGGGAUCAAAUAUGACCCAAGCAUUGGUAUCUACGGCCUGGACUUCUAUGUGGUGCUGGGUAGGCCAGGUUUCAGCAUCGCAGACAAGAAGCGCAGGACAGGCUGCAUUGGGGCCAAACACAGAAUCAGCAAAGAGGAGGCCAUGCGCUGGUUCCAGCAGAAGGUAAAGCUUGAUCUGUCUCAGGUGAAGUGGUGGAAUGUGGUGUUGGUGAACGGAGUUGGGAUACGGGGAUGCAAAGUCUAGCGCCCUUUGGUGGGU